AACACAGUUAAACCGUGGUAGACCGAUGCAGUGCAGUGGAGUGACCCAGUAGUCCGAUGCCAGUGAACUGAUCGACGAACGUGGCAGUCCGGGUGGCAGUGGACUGAUCGUGGCAGUCCGGGUGGCAGUGGACUGACCGUUGCAGCCCAGGAAAGCGUUGGACUGACAGUGGCAGUCCGAGCAGUGGUGGACUGACCGGGGCAGUCUAGAGUAGCGUUGUACUGACCGGGGCAGUGUGGCGCGGUGCGGCGAACUGACUGAGUCAGUCCGGGCAGCGGUGAACUGAUCGUGGCAUUCUGGCGCGGCGGUAGACUGACCGUUGCAGUCUAGAUUAGCGUUGGACUGACCGGGGCAAUCUGGCGCGGUGCGAUGGCCGGCGUUCUCGGCUCGCUGAUGCGCCAUACUCGCGGUCGGCUGGAUCUGAAGAUGGAGCAGCGUUUGAAGCGCCUCCAGCAGCAGCGACAGCAGAAGGAGCAGCAGGAGGGCGGUCAGGAGCAGGGGGCGGAGCCGGAGCGUGACCCGACCCCGGUCAGCUGGGCGGUGCCCCCGCCCCCUGAGAUCGACUGCGGAGGCACACCGCGCAGACUCGCGCGCUCCAAGACCGGCUCCAUUGAGCCCGUCGGCAAGGGCUCCACCUCCAAGGCGCCCGUGCAGAAGGGCUCGCAGAAGGGCAACGGCAAGGGUGUCCAGAAGGGCAAGAAGGGUAAGAAGGGCCGCCACCAACAGUACGAUCUGAUCGUCACCAUCGACCUGGUCGAGUACGGCCUUACCGAGGAGCUGGUGGCAGAGUUCAAGGAGGUGUUUAUGCUGUUUGACAAGGACGAGGACGGCGUCAUCAACAUGGACGAGCUCGGCAUCAUGAUGAAGACGCUGGGACAGCGACCAACCGAGACCGAGCUGGAAAAGAUGGUAUCAACGGUCGAUCAAGAGGGCACGGGGCAGAUAGAAUUUAACGAGUUUCUACAAAUGAUGGCUCGAAAGAUGGCGGGCGUAGAAACAGAAGAGGAGCUAAAGGAGGCCUUCAGGGUUUUCGACAAGGACGAGGACGGCUUCUUGUCCGUGGCAGAGCUGCGACACAUUAUGACGUCGAUGGGCGACAAAAUGACUAACGAAGAGGUCGACGACAUGGUUCGAGAGGCGGACCGGGACGGCAAGGGCAAAAUCAAUUACGACGCGUUCGUUCGCGCACUUCUGAACCACGGCUCGCCGAGUCACUAGAGCGUCCGACGGCCAGCGGGGAGCGCCGCACAGCUGUCCCAGCUCAGCCCCAGCGCUGUCCCAGCUCAGCUCCAGCGCUUUCCCUCAGACCGCAAUCUUGCCACCCACCGAGCGGAGCUGCUGCACCUCGCCUGUUGCGCCGACACAACCCGUGGCGACCCUCGCCGUACACCCGACCGACGCGGAUGGCUGGGGGCGACCGAUGUCCGUCUGUGGUGGACGGCGCGUCGCUCGCGGCGGAGUCGAUAGUACGUCCGAGUCGGGGGAUUCCCCGGUGGAGGUGGUCAGACAGUCUCUCGGGCUGGGAGAGCUUGUGACGACUGGUCAGUCGGUCCGACCUCUGCGGUCCGCUGUGGACCGACGGCCGGUGGCCGUGCCUCUGUAAUGUUACCGCCGCUGUGAGGGCGGCAGCCGCCGUGCCCAUCGGGUGGUUUGUGUGUUUGUGUGGGCGGGUGUAGGCGCCUGCCGUGACCGGAGACCCGAGUUGGUGCCAGUUGCUGGGGCAGCUCGCCGGAACAGGGUUACGGUAGGGCGGAGAGGCUCGUAAUGCUUCUGCACGGGCAGCACCUCGCUCGUGAUAUGAUCCCGUCUGUCCGCUUGUAGGAACUUCCCUACAGGGAUGAGAUACCUAAGCAGUCGGUAAUCCCACAGUUCAAACUGAUCGUAACAACAUAACUAACUUUUCUCGCACAUUUACGUUGAUCUUAAAAUCAAGACGAGUAGUUUUGACCAGCUUUCAUGCGAGCAGUAUUAGCAUAUUACGCAAUAGUGGCCACCAGGGUUUCUCGGCCUGUGUGGAUCCGGGUCCGACCAGCUGGAGGGCUGAACUUGUCUGCCGGCUGUCCGCGCUGCAGCCUGUGGCCCCGAGCGCCGUCCUGCGGGCAGCCGAGCGCGGCAAACUUUGACCCGCUAUUUAUUGAGAGGGCGGCUGCUAUCUGAAGUCGGCGGCGAGUUAGUGCAAAUUAAGGCCGCGAGUUACGCCGCUGCCGCUACCGCCCGCUGUCGUCUGGCCUGGUGUGGCCGGACCAUCUGGUGCGGUCCCUGGUCCCUGGUCCACUGUCACCGGUCCCGGUCGGUCCCGACCUCACGGUCUGGUGCUCGGAGUCUCGGUCUCCGGCUGAGGACAGGUGAGGUAAGGUCUGAGGUCAGCGAUUAGUAUCCAUCUAGGGUCAUGAGGUCAGUCAGGUCGGUCUGAGACUGAGGUCAGUAUAGAUCUGAGCUGUGUAUUUGAGGCCACACAGAGGGACACAGUUGGUGCGUCGGUCUCGGACCUGUCCCCAAACCCCGACUCUGCCCACCGGUCCUGAUCGGCGGCUGGCAUGUGCGGCUCGCUGUCGUCGGCACCACCGAGCUGCAGGUCGCGUGCCGGCCGCCCGUGUCUGUGUGCGUGUGUGUUUGUGUGUGUGUACAUACAUACAAACGGCGGCUUUGCCUGCCCUUUGUGUGUGCGCACAGGACAGGGUUUGCCUGGCCAGCCGCCUCCGCCUGCUCUGAGCGCGCAUCAGAGCCGCCAACUCACUGCGUUUACUGCAGUGCCCGCAACGGCGCACCGCGACUUAUGUAGUGCACAUUGCAUUGUGGGACUUUGGUCCCUGGGGCGGGGUCCAGUGGGCGGGACCUAGAGCUGGCGAUUGGUCCCUGGGGCGUUUCGGGAUCCAGUGGACGGGACCUAGAGCUGGCGACUGGUCUCUGGGGCAGGAUCCAGUGGACGGGACCGCCGUUGAGACGUCCCAGUGGUCGUGGUCCACUGUAGAUGGCCGCUCCCGCUGGGCGGGGCGGGACCACCCAGCUGCUCUGCCCGUGUGCGACAUAGGCAGCAGUUAUAGGUGUAUGGGGACAGAUCACUGAGCCACUUCGGUGUGCCUGCUAUAAGAUCAGCCGGUUUGUACAUAUUCGUGUCGCGUUGCAAUAUGCUGUACUUCUGUGUACCGUUGUCUGUACAAUGUCACAGGUGCCGCGAAGCUGGAAAAUUGCAUUUUUUAAUGCAAACGUAAUAGGAAGCUUUGCUGUUUGUGGUGAGGCUGCCGCGAAGCCACGGAGUUGAUAAAACUUCUCCCAAAAAGCAGUCGGCGCUGACGAUUGCAUGAGGAGGGCGCAGGCAGCCACAUAAGGAUUCUGGGCUUAUUUUCGGAAAAUCUAAAACGCCAACGCAGCAACUUCUGCGUAGCCCCGUGUUCAGACACUUACCAGGCUAUUUUUUGCAUUUACUCAGAAUCACUCCAGCUGUGAUGCUUAUUGUUGAAUAGACAUUAAUUUAAGGCGAAUAUGCGCGCUUCUUACGGGGAUAGCGAUACUGAUGAGUAAUAGACAUACGGGACAGGGCCCUUGGCGGGGACCAGGCCAUGCUAUGGGGAGGGCAGGUCCCGAACCAGUAGCAAACCGAAGGAUCUCACAUGUCGAAGUUCUGCACGUUUCUAUCUCGCUCUCGCUCUCCCUCUAUCUUUGUCUGUCUCUGUUUCUGUCUCUGUCUCUCUAUGUUUCCGUUUCUAUCUCGCCUGUCUGUCUGUCUCUCCCUCCCCUCCCCUCCCUCCCUCUCUCUCUCUCCUUUCACUCUCCCUCUCCGAGUCAUUCUCCAUCCCUCCCUCUUGCUCUCUCUCAUUUCCUUUCCUCCUCUUGGAAACUCUUUCUCUCGACUCACUCCGUAUUUCCCCAACUGUAUACCGGUUUCCCUGUCGGUCAUUGUCGGUCAUUUCCACCCGAUCUCAGUCAUUCUACACUUCUACAGGUACGAUGACUGAUCGCCAAUCCACCAGUCCGGCGCUUGCCACUGCAGAUAGUCAGUCUUUCCACAGGGGUGGACGCGGUGGACGGGGUGGACGGCGCAGCUCCGCCGUCCGUCCGCCAGAGAAACGGAACAGUCCAGGGGUUCGACAUUGUCAGCCGUAAGAGAAACGGGAGGGGUGGCUGUUGUAUAGGGUGGCGCUAUCGAAGGUGUUGAUGUUUGUGUCAAUGUUUGUCGGCUGUUUGCAAAGCGCAAUAUACUGAGAUAAGCUC